GAGCUAUUACGCAGCUGCAGUGAAUCCGCGCGCGCACUGGGUUUCAAAACCCGGAAAAAAAGAAGGGUUCGAUUACUUCCUGGUUUGGAGAGAGAGAGAGCGAGCGCACAACAUACUGGCUGCUUAACGCCGCUGUGCGUCUGUCAUUAACGGAACCGGAAAUUCGGCUGUCGAGACGCACCAAGGUCAGCGGUGUUCUGAUCGUUUGUUUGUUUCCUUCAGAAGGUGCGCACGGGAGCGCGCUGAUGGUUUUCCACUAAUAAAGUAACCCGAAGCGGACUGUGCUGUAGAGACACCGCACGCGCGCGCGCGCACUCGCUCGCUCACAUGGCCGCGCCGCGGAGGUCCGGUACCGGGUGCCAGGAGAACGGACCCGAAACGGAUCCAGAGCGCAAGCGGCUCUGGACCGAACUCUUCGACCAGCUGGACACUAAUAAAGACGGACGGAUUGACGUUAAGGAGCUGAGGGCGGGGCUGGCGGCGCGGGGGCUGCUCACGCGCACAUCUGCGGAGGCGAUUGUGAGAGAAGGAGACACUAAUCAGGAUGGACAGUUGGACUUUGAGGAGUUCACACAGUACCUGCGCAAACACGAGAAGCGUCUCCGCCUCAUGUUCAGGAGCCUGGACCGCAAUAACGACGGUAGGAUUGAUGCUGGAGAGAUCCGGCACUCGUUACACAAUGUGGGAGUGGAGGUUACUUUAGACGAAGCAAACAAGAUCCUGCAGAGUAUGGACCAGGACGGCACUAUGACUGUCGACUGGGUGGAGUGGCGUGACCAUUUCCUGUUUAAUCCUCUCCACAACAUGGAGGACAUCGCCCUCUACUGGAAACGCUCUGUGAUCCUGGACAUCGGGGAGCUCCUGACGGUUCCUGAUGAGUUCUCUGAGAAGGAGAGGAAUUCGGGGUUUGUGUGGAGGCAGCUGAUGGCAGGUGCCAUGGCGGGAACCGUCUCCAGGACGGGCACGGCUCCUCUCGACCGCCUCAAAGUCUUCCUGCAGGUUCAUGGUCAGAGCUUGGAUAAAGGCAGUGUGUGGAAGGGGCUGCUGGUAAUGGUGAAGGAGGGUGGGCUCAGAGCUCUGUGGAGAGGAAACGGCAUCAACGUACUCAAAAUUGCCCCGGAAACAGCCAUCAAGUUCCUCGCUUACGAACAGAUAAAGCAGCUGAUUCAUGGCAGAAAAGAUGGAGGAAGUCUGAAGGUUCAGGAGAGAUUCGUUGCUGGAUCAUUAGCAGGAGCCACGGCGCAGACCAUCAUUUACCCCAUGGAGGUGCUGAAGACGCGUCUGACCCUGCGUAAGACUGGGCAGUACUCGGGCGUACUGGACUGCGCUCAGCGGAUUGUACAGAAGGAGGGAAUGCGGGCGUUUUAUAAAGGCUACAUACCCAACAUACUGGGCAUCAUCCCGUACGCCGGCAUCGAUCUGGCAGUCUACGAGACCCUGAAGAACGUGUGGUUACAGAGACACAGCUCUGGCUCAGCUGACCCUGGUGUGUUUGUGCUGGUCGGAUGUGGUACAGUUUCCAGUACAUGUGGUCAGCUGGCGUCGUACCCGCUCGCCCUGAUCCGAACCCGCAUGCAGGCACAAGCGACGGUGAAAGGUGCCCCUAAGCUCUCCAUGGUCUCUCUGGUCCGGAGCAUCGUGGCUCAGGAGGGUGUUGUGGGACUGUACCGCGGCAUCGCACCCAACUUCCUCAAAGUCAUUCCUGCCGUCAGCAUCUCCUACGUGGUGUACGAACACAUGAGGAAAGUACUGGGGGUGGAAAAGUGAGAGACAGACAGACAGAAGAGCUUCUUUUAUAGAUGUCUCGAUGACGGUCCUUACAUGAGAGGACAGACAGAAUAAGAAAUGAGAGAGAUGGACUAAUGAGGGAAAAGCUUGCUAACGUACUCCAUGAUGGUGAGAUGAAUCGACAUGAGUGGAUUUGCUCCUAAAGCCAUAGAGGAAUGAAAGCACAAGUUUUUACAUUCUGACUCCGAAUCAGCAGGGCUACACUCCAGUCAUUUGUAAUAAAGAAAUGAAAGGGUUAAUCAGUAAAAUUAGUUUAUAGUACAUUUUAAAUAUGCAAAAAGAACAAAGCUUGUGACAGCCGACAUUGAUGUUUUUACAAACUAUAAGCGAGACUGUAACCUCUAAAACUUUUGUUACAGUGUUAUUCUCCAUUUUCUUGGUAUUUAUUUGUGCUGUUGAUCAACAGGGUUCUCACAUUCAGGCUCACAGGCUGUCCUCUUCAGGAGGUGAAAUGAACGCGAAAGUGUGUGUUAAUGCUUAGAAAUAAGUGUGUGUGUGCGUGCGCAAAAUAUAUAUACCGUAUAUUCCCAGACUAUAAAUCCUGUAGCGUCUGUUGUGAUUCAUACACACUACCUGGCAUCAUUUUUUGCAAUGUAGCUUCUAGCAUGACUAAAUUAGUCGUCUGCCAUUGUUGUUGCUGGGAAAACAGAGACGUAUACAGUGACGUCAUGACGUGGCUCUCCAGCCCGUGGAAAAGCAAAUCAGUUCUUGGUUCACAAUUUAAACCAACUACAAACCAGCGCUAGCAUCGGACCAGAACGAGCACCUAGUUCACAUUGGAAAGGGGAUGGCGGAAAGAUAUUUUCAGGCCUGAUGGACAGAUUAUAGGUUUAUUGUCUGGAAAAUACGGUAUAAAUAAGCAUGUGCUACUGUUUUUAAAAAACAAGUGUAGGUUGCAUAUAAAUGAGCAUGUAUUUAUAUUUUAUAACCUAAGAGACUGGAUCUAUUUUCUUAACUGUUGAGUGGAGGUGUGCAAAUGAAACGAUGGAAAAGUGUGACACCUUUUUACUCCACUUACCCCUCUACUCACUGCUCAGAUGUGUGAAACUGGGACAAAUUUAAUCUUGUUAAAGACCAACAGAGACGCACUGCUUGGAUUUGAUUCCGUUUAGCUUGAAGUCGCUUUGGAAAAUAAAAAUAAACAUUGACCCAAA